CGGCACAAGGAAAUAAAGCAGAAACGAAAACAAUUCAGUUUCGUUUGUUAUUGUGGACUUAGAAUUGUCUUUACUACAAGCCAGACAGAAUGAAGCACCUUAAAAGGAUAUCAUACGUUGGCAUUUUGUUGAACUGUUUAUACGUAUUAGUGUGUUGUUUCGCUGAUCCGGAAUCAGGGCCUGUAAGCGUCUCUGCACAGCCUAAUGGAGACCGUUUUAAAAUAGAAGGGCGAGCUAUAGUUACAGGAGUGAAACUGCAGGACUGGGUUUCCUCAGCCCGGGUGCUGGUAGAGGGAGAGGAGUAUGUCGGCUUUUUGAGGAUUGACGGCAGUUUUGCCGUGAACGAUGUCCCAUCUGGAUCGUAUGUUGUGGAAGUCGUUUCGCCGACUUACAAAUUUGAUCCCGUUCGUGUGGACAUAACAUCUAAAGGGAAAAUGAGGGCUCGUCAGGUAAACUACAUCAAGACUUCUGAGGUUGUCAGACAGCCAUACCCGCUUCAGAUGAGAUCAAGUGGCCGGCAUAUCUACUUCCUGAAGCGGGAGACCUGGGGAUGGACAGAUUUCCUCAUGAACCCAAUGGUUAUGAUGAUGGUCCUUCCCUUGCUGAUCAUUGUCCUGCUUCCAAAGGUGGUCAACACCAAUGACCCUGAAAUGAGAAAGGAAAUGGAGCAGUCCAUGAAUAUGUUGAACCCCAACCCAGAGCUGCCAGAUGUGUCUGAGUUUAUGACCAAGCUUUUCUCCAAGGGUUCCAGUAAGCCAGGGGGAGGCAGCAAAGGCAGCCGCAGUGCAGCUCUGAAGAGGAGGUAGUGCUGUCAUGUGAGAGUAGCUUUUUCUUCUCCUGUAACACCCUGUUCUUGUACUUGAGUUUUCUAUCUUGAUUCUUUUUUCUUUAUUCCUCGAGAAUUUCUUUCCGCAUCAUUAAGCGUUUAACCUCAGACUUUCUAACAUGAGAGCAUAAAAACCGUCUUUCGUACGGACAGGCUUGUUGUUUUUCCGACACUGUUCACACACACACUCACUGAUCAGCCAGGGAUGCACAGACGUUUCAUACACCCGUUUUCCGUGUGAAUCACUUAUUAUAUUCCCGCUUGGAAAAUUCCAUGUUGUAUCCAUCAUGAUUUCUCCCAGCAUAUCAUAUUUUUUUUUUUUAAUUAUUAUUGAGUACAGUUAACGUUCUCUAAAUGUCUUUUAACCCUGGGACUGUAAUGUAUGCUUUCACCGUUCCUGCUUCUGAGAUUCAUAAAACAGUGAUGAUUCCUCUGCAGAGUUGUGGGCGAUGCUGUUUCAGCUCCAGAAUGACUCUUUUGAAUUGCAUGUUCAAUUCGGUCCAAGGCAACUGAAACACAAUUUACCUCAACGCUGUUCUACAUCUACUUGAAACAGAGCUUUUUAUGAUUAAAUAUUCAUUAUAAUAUUUUGUGGAUGUGGUGCACAGCUGUGAAUGGAGAUGAUGAAUUCAUGCAAAAUGUUUAGCUAUGAAAUAUAAACUUAUUUAAAUUCAGUGGUAAUAAACUGUGAUGG